GAGCACCAAGGAAAAAUCGGUGCUUCAACUGCGCAGAAGUGGGGCAUCUAAGGGAUUAAUGUCAAAAAAAUUGGAUACUCUUUCAUUAGAAGGCCAUAUGCCUUCCAAAAAGGUAUCAAAGUCAUACUAGCGUGAAGUGUGCUACAUUGUAUGUUGAACUGGGAAAUUAAUAUGUCUAUAAAAAGGAAUGUUCCGGCAUCCACGAUAACACAAUGACUGUAAGGUGUGUACUAAUUUACCUCACCAUUAUUUCCGUCUCGGCGUUGAAGCUACCUGACGAGCUUCCCAGGUGUAAGCGCAAGGAUGCCAAACUGAAUGACUGCAUCAAGUCGGCCUUUGGACCAUGGCAGGCCACUCUGGCGAAAGGGCUACCCGAAUUUCGAACGCCCUCUAUUGCGCCACUCAAAAUUGAAAGCAUGUCCAUUGGAGAGGGUACCGGUCCAGUCAAACUAGUGCAAAAUUACACGGACGUAAGGUACUACUAUUACGAGCUGACCACCGUCACGAACCUCGAGGCGACCGUUACAGAUACCGAAUUUAGACUUCGUCUGGAGAUCUUCGCGAAGAACAUCACAUUUUUGGCCAAUUACCAUUUCGAUGGUAAUGUGCUGACCUUUCCAAUAGUAGGUGGAGGGAAAUCCAACAUAGUCAUUGGUGACGUCAAUAUCCCCAUGGAUUUUAUGGGGGAUGUAAUAGAAAGGGAUGGUGAGAAGUGCGUACAAAUUCAAACGGUGAGGGUUGCUUUCAUUCCUGCCACCGUCACCCUCAACUUUGAACGCUUAUUUGGCAGCGAUGACGAAAGGGGGGAGAUUUUGAAUCACAUACUCAACGACCAUGCAAUGGCGAUUUUUAAUGAUGUUAAAGUGGGUUACGAGGAAAGUGUUGGGCAAGUCGUGAGAGAAACUAUAAAUAGUAUAUUCGGAAAAGUGCCUUUCAAGGAUUUAUUCUUAGACAAUUAAUUGCAAAAUAAACUGAUGGCAAGUUC